AUUAUUAUAUUUUUAUCCCCCCAUUGCCUGUCACUCUCCUUCCUCCUCCCUCUCUGUAAUCUGCAUCUUUUUUCUCAAUAUUUUAUUAAAAUUUCUUGGUAAAAUCUCUCUUUCCUCUGCGUUGGAUCUUGGAUUGAGAGAAAUUUUAGCAGAGGAUCUAGGACAGGGGAGAGGGUAUUUAUUUUGUUGUUCAAAAAAGAAGGUAUAGACUCUGUAGAGCACCCUGUGUUAAUUUUCACUUUCCAUUUCUGUUUCCCUCUCCUCCAUCAAAUUCUAUCCGUUUACUUUGUACAGAGAGAGAGAGAGAGAGAGAGAGAGAGAGUUUUAUCUCCUGUGUUUUGUCACGAUCAUUGGAUGCACGUGGAAGGCUGGAAGAGCUGUACUUUGGGUUAAACUUGUGAGAAGCAUGGCCUAUCCCAGUGUUCAUGGGGACAGAGAAUUGAGGAUUCAUGAAAGUCUGGAUGAGGUUGGUACUGAUUUGGCAGACUAUAUUGCUGAGAUAUCGGAGGCAUCGGUGAAAGAGCGUGGUGUCUUUGCGAUUGCAUUAUCGGGUGGUUCUCUCAUUGGCUUGAUGGGAAAACUGUGUGAAGCUCCAUAUAACAAGACCGUUGACUGGGCCAAAUGGUAUAUAUUUUGGGCUGACGAGCGUGUGGUAGCAAAAAGCCAUGCUGAUAGCAAUUAUAAGCACACUAAGAAUGGCUUUCUGUCCAAGGUGCCUGUUGUUCCCAGCCAUGUACAUUCAAUCAAUGAUUCAGUUGCAGCAGAGCAGGCUGCUGAUGAAUACGAAUUUGUCAUCCGGCAGCUAGUGAAAAGCCGUGUGAUUAGUGUAUCUGAAAUCAAUGACUGCCCUAAAUUUGACCUAAUCCUUCUUGGGAUGGGCUCUGAUGGACACAUUGCCUCUUUGUUCCCGAACCACUCGAUUCUUUAUGAAGAAAAUGAGUGGGUAACUUUCCUAACUGAUUCCCCGAAGCCUCCACCUGAGAGGAUUACUUUCACUCUGCCUGUCAUCAACUCAGCAUCCAAUGUGGCUGUUGUGGUGACUGGCAGCAGCAAAGCAGAGGCUGUGCACUUGGCAAUCGAUGAAGUGGGACCUGACUGCCCAUCGCAGCCAGUGCAGAUGGUACAGCUAACCAAGGGGAAACUGGUGUGGUUUUUGGACAGGCCAGCUGCCUCAAAACUUGAUGGUAUUCAAUUUUCAGAUUAGGGUCAAUCUCUUCUUGCAAUAGUUUUAUGUAUUCAGUGGAAGGAGUUGACAACAGGUCUUCCCUCUCUAUUUCAUUAGUCCCCUCUUUUUGGCUCUCUUUUCUUUUUGGGUUUACCUUUUCUUUCCCUGUUUUGUUGGGUUGUUAGGGAAGUCUGAUCAUCCUUUUUGGUAAGAGGAGGUUAAUAAGUUGGGCCAGUAUGUUCUUUCUGCAACUGCUUUCUGCUUAGGAUCGACUGUGAAUGCUGGAAAUUUUCGUUAAAAAUUUGGUGAAAAUUGUUCUCAUGAAAUUCAAUAGUUUUUGCAGUAUAGUUUCCUUAUUAUAUAUUUUGAAAGAAUGAAAUGGAAUUAAAUUUGUAA